AUGGGUGAUAUUCCAUUGACUGGUGAACCGGAGAGAUCAGUGGAUGCUACUGUCACAAUAAGUGAUGUUGUAAUUGAUUCACCUCACAAGAUCUUCGUUGGUGGAAUUUCAGACCAUCUUUCUUCUGAGAUGCUUAUGGAGAUUGCUAGUGCGUUUGGAUCUUUGAAGGCUUAUCACUUCGAAAACAACCUCAGCAAUGGAUCACGUGCUUUUCUGGAGUAUGUGGAUCACUCUGUUUCCAUCAAAGCUUGUGCUGGUAUGAAUGGUAUGAAGCUGGGAGGGGAAGUACUUACAGUUGUUCAGGCAAUGCCUGACGCAUCACCUUCGGGAAAUGCUGGUGAACCAUCUUAUGAGAUUCCAGAGCAUGCAAAACCACUGCUUGGAAAGCCUACACAAGUACUAGAGAUUAAAAAUGUGUUUGCAGCGGAGUCUAUUUUGUCUCUAUCUGACGUGACAAUUGAAGAAAUUUUGGAUGAUGUACGAUUAGAAUGUGCAAGAUUUGGGACUAUUAAAUCAAUUAAUGUAGUCAAGCAUAGGAGCGAAAAGAAUUUAGCAACCAAAUUAGAAGAAUGUGAAGUCAUAGAUAAAGUGGAAUCUAAAGUUUUUCAAGGCACCAACAGUAUCACUAAUAAUACAGAAUCUAGUUUUUCUGACAAGGGAACUGACCCCAAAUCUGAAGCAACAAAUGGGGUUGAAUUUCAUGAGGACAAAGAGUUGGAAGAAUAUAAAGUUGGUGAUGCUAUCAAUGUUAAUACUGAUAAAAAUGCUGAAGUUUUUCAGCAUAAAUCAUGUCUAGAACACCUUGUGAGUGAUACAGCUGUUGAAGAUGUGGGCAAUAAGAGCAUACCUUGUGAAAUGAUUCAGGAAUGUCCUAUUCAACAGGAUACAUCCAAUGACGUGCCAGAAUUGCAUGAUAAAAUGGUUGCUAAGGAUAUUGAUAAUAAGAUUGUGGGGGACAACAUGGAUUCAAAAGGCACAGUUUCUGCAUUUCCGGAAGGCUUUUCUGGACAGGAUACUAGUUCAGAAUUAGUUGGCCCCCAAAAGGGCAUUGAUACGAAAGAUUGUCUUAAUACUCAUGUAUUUGAACCAGGUUCUGUUCUUGUUGAGUAUGGAAGAGCCGAAGCAUGUUGUGCAGCAGCACACUCUUUGCAUGGACGAUUGUUUGAUGGCAGAACGGUGAUGGUGGAGUAUGUUGCUCGGAGUCUAUACAAAGCAAGAUUUACAAAAUGA